CCAAUGGGGUUUUUGAGAAGGAGGCGAAGGAGUCAAGGAAACGCGAUCAUAGUGUUUACAUGAACCAACAUGGCGUCAUGCAGCAGAUCGCAGGUGAUCUCCUUGUACAGGAUGCUUAUAAAAGAGAGCAAAAAAUUCCCCUCUUACAAUUACAGAACAUAUGCCCUGCGCAGGGUAAAGGAUAGCUUCAGGGAGAAUCUCCAUGUUGACAACCCAAAAACUCUGGACAUGCUGCUCAACCAGGCCAGAGAGAAUCUUUCUGUCAUCAAGAGACAGGUGUCCAUUGGCCAGAUGUACACUGCUCAGAGGACCAUUGUGGAGGAAACUGGAGUGCACAGGGACCUCUGAGUUUGUAGUAGUGGUGGUGGUGGUGGUGUUGUGAUUGUUGUUAUCAUAGGAUGUCUUGGACCACAUUUUGGACAGUUAAAGUCAUGUUUUGCUAUGGUAACAGCACUGAGGAAAGGCUUUAGUCCCAGAAAGCACUUACACCAGACAACAUUUCUCUCUGAUGUAUUGAAAUGUAUGAUCUCUUUUUAAAACUCUUUACUCAUGUUAUCAUUUAUAUGUAUUUGUAACAGCUUGUAAGUGAUAUGUAAUACCCUUUUGUUGCAAUGACUGCAGCAUCUCAAUUAAACAGUAAUAUGUGCAGUA